AAUUUACUAGUAUGUAGUUUAUAAUAUCAAACAUAAUGUAAGCACCGAACUAUUGAAAUAGAGAGUGAUUGGCAUAGUUACAAAAAUAAAAUACAUAUAUCUAUAUAUAAUUUGCAUGAUACUAAAAUAAGUAUUUCAUCAGAAUUGAUGAAAGCAGACCAAAGUAGUGUAUGCAUUCUAUUUAGUCAAACCAUACUUUUAAAAUAUUAAGAUAUGAAAAUAAUAAAAAAUGUCAGAGAAUACUAAUAAUAACUAAAUAAAAGCAGAUUCAUUAGUACUUAGAUAAGACAAAUUUUGUUCAGUAUAAAUAAAAUUAGAAAAUUAUAAAUAUAUAAUAUUAAAUAUAUAAUAUUUUCUUUAGUAACAAUUAAAAUAGAUUUUAUAAUUAAGAGAAAUAUGUGAGUGAAGUUACAUACAGUGUCCAUUAAGUACAUUUGUAAUAAAAGACUGUACUCAGUUUACUGUCAAUCAGUUUGAAAGUGACCAUGGCAGUGACUGGACUAAGAACAGUUACUUGUUUCAUUUUUUAUUUUAUAGUAGUGAUAAAUGCCCGUAAGUGUUAUACACAAUCACAAUAUACGGAUGAUUCGGAUUACAAAGAUUUAGAAUUUUACGAAAAUAUGCCAGCCAAUUACAUUGGAAACUUUGACAAAGAUCAUCUGGAUAUGGUUCAGGAUGACUUUUACAUUUUGAGCAAUUUCGAAGACGCAAAUAUACAAAACAACGUUUACCCGCACAAAAAUGAUCUUCAGAUUCCGUUUGAAAAUAGUGACGAUUCUCUCAAGAAAAGAUCAUCAGUAGCACAAUUGGAGUGGUAUAAACCAGAGAAAGUGUAUCGAUACACGAAACAUCGGAUUCCUGGAUACGACUACGAAGAACUCGAUUAUAUGAUUACUAAAAAUUUUCAACAAUGUGAUGAAAGAUCCGUUUGGACCCAUUGCCUUUGUCAAUUUACUUGUACCGAACCGGAUAUGGUAGAUUGUUACACGCCAUGUAAAAGUGGAUGCGAAUGUAAGGAAGAAUACGUAUUUGACGAAAGAACGCAACAAUGUCUAUUACCGGAACAGUGUCUUCCAAAGGAAGACAAUUUUUAUAUCACAUAAUUUGUGUUAAAAUAUAGAAAAAGUGCAAUGCUUUGCUGUACCUUCAAUACACUUUAUGUGACACAAUGGAAUACUGAAUAUAUACUAAUUUGAAUAAAGUGAUGGAAAGGUUUGUAAAAUCGAA